AUGUCCACCACCCGGCGACUCAUCUCCUCCGGCUCGAAGUUCGAGUCUCUAAUCGGCUACUCGCGUGCCGUGGUGUCGGGGGAUAUGAUCUUUGUGUCUGGAUGCACGGGAUACGACUACAAAACCAACACUAUCUCCCCCAACGUCGUCGAGCAAGCAGAGCAGUGCAUGCUCAACAUUGCGGCUGCGCUGGCUGAAGCGGGCGCAGAGAUGGGUGAUAUCGUGCGGGUGCAGUAUACUUUGCCGGACAGGCGGGAUUUUGAGAAGACGUGGCCCGUCCUCCGAAAAUGGCUCGGCGAGGUCCGGCCCGCGGCAACGAUGGUGCAGGCCGAGCUAUUAGAAGAGGCGAUGAAGAUUGAGAUUGAAGUAACGGCCAAGAAGGAGCGGGCGUAA